UCUCGUGAUUAUCUCCAAAUUUAAGGCUACUCUUCCCCUCCUGAAACCAUGUAUAAAUACCCUUCUGCUAACUGUUUCCUAAGGAAAUUCUCAACGAGCUCCAACCAACUCACUCUAAGCACUAAGCAUCGUCUUUCUGACACUCACUUUUCCCCACUCUUUUCCGUCACUUUCCAGAGAAAAUGUCUCCGGGGAUGGGAAAAUGCAACAGCAUCCGCCGCAUUGUCAGAAUCCGACAGAUGCUCCAGCGCUGGCGCAAGAAGUCGCUCAUCACGGCCUCGCGUGCGCCGUCCGAUGUUCCGGCUGGACACGUGGCGGUCUGCGUGGGGAGCAGCUGCAAGAGAUUCAUUGUGCGCGCGACGCACCUGAACCACCCAAUCUUUAAGAGACUUCUCGUGCAGGCCGAGGAGGAGUACGGGUUCUCGAACCAAGGCCCUCUAGCGAUCCCGUGCGACGAGUCGCUCUUCGAGGAGGUCAUCCGAGUCGUGUCGAGUAACUCAUCCCGAUCCUCGAGUCUCGAAGACUUUCAGAGGUGCUGCCACGUGGAAAUCCGGAGCCAUCUUAACUUCUUGGGUGAAUCCGGACCGUUGCUUCGCGCGUCUCCUGAAAAAUCAAUCUGCUGAAAUAAAAAUGACCAACUGAUAUUUGAAUUUAUUAUUAAUAGUAUAAAUUAUUUAGUUGGGUUAUGCAUAGGGGGUGUAUAUAAAUCAGAGGUUAGACAUAAUACCGAGUCAGCUCAUUUUUGUUUUUUGUUUUUUUUUUUGAAAAUUGAGUCAGCCCAAAUUGAAUCGGUGGAAAGUAAUCAGGAAGGUUGCUAUUAUCUGAUUAUAUGUCUCUCGUGAAGACUCGGAUGACCGAUUGUAGAAUUAAUCGCAGAGAUGUAACAAAAUUUGUUUUGUUUAGUCUAGUUUUGUUUUUUUUUAAUCUUUUGUUGGUGCAUUGCCUAUUUUGUCAUUUUGUGUA